AUGCCGAACGAAAUCAUCGAGGACGAGGAGGAAGGUCAGAGUAGAUACACUAGGAGAUUCAGGUAUUUGAGUGUUAGGUUAGCACACCUUUGGAAUCAGUGGAGGCAUGAGUACUUGACUAAUUUGCGCGAGUUUCACUACAACAAGGUAAGUGAUGACGCAAAGCCUGUACAAGUAGGUGACAUAGUUACAGUAUAUGAGAAAAAUAAGACACGGGGAGAGAAAAAGAUGGCAGUGGUAGAAAGCCUUAUCAAAGGUAAAGAUGAGGUAGUUAGAGGAGCAAACAUUUGGGUCAUUGCUAAAGGAGAACCCACAUGGAUGUCCGGGGCGGUUCAAAGGCUAUACCUCAUAGAAGUAAAGCAAAGCAAUGUCCAGAUAGACACGCAGCGGGAAAGUGUUCAAGGGAACCCAAUUGCUCAGCGGUGCAAUCCGAGACGCGCCGCAGCAGUAGACGCAUGUUGGAAAACAAACUUAAUGCUUGACUCAUAG